AUGAUUAAAUUAUUCUUAGCUGUAGGAAGUAAAAUUGGAGUUGGUAUUAUUGUUAUGAUUGUUACAUUUAGUUUUGCUUUGAUUGCUCUUGUCGAUGGUUUUUUAUUAUUAAACCAAUCGGAUGCAACUCUUGAACAACCACAACGACGAUUUCAAUCGACUUUUAUCAACAAUUCAGCUGUAUGUGAAGCAGCUCCUGAAGUUGCUACAGCUGAUAUUAAUGAAACAUUACGUAGUGGUACUUAUCAGCAAUAA